UCAAUCCUGAAAGCAGAUAUCAAAUUUAAUGUGAUAACAAUGAGAGCUGACACAAGAACCCUGUUUAUUAAAAUUAAAUUACAAUCGGAAGAUUUUUACUGCAAGGGUCUCAUAGUUAUAAUUAUGCCAUGAACAAAGGGACCUAGACAAAAAGUACUUCAAAAUUUCAAAUGCAUUUGAAUACAAAUUGUAUGUGCUUACUUUGUUGAUAAGAAUUUGAUCAUAAAAUCUAGAAAGAAUUCAUUUUAUAUGUUCAUGCAUUCAAAAUGGCUUUUUUAGUGUUUUUUGAAAAUCAUAAAUUAUGAUCAUUAAAAUUCAGUUUACCUAUAAAUACGGAUCUCAACCACGAUACUAGAACAGUUCCAAAAUGUCGAAACAACUUGGUACUAUCAUAUUAGUAGUUGUCCUCGCGUGUGAAUCUCAAGCACAGAGAAAGAUUUUCCGCGGAGUAGAUAUUGAUAUUACUCAAGCGCCUUAUCAGAUAUCUUUCCAAUAUUACAAUAAAACCACCCGUGCAUUUAUUCACGGUUGUGGUGGAUCCAUCAUAGCUCCUACCUGGAUAUUAACAGCAGGACAUUGUGUUCAUAAAGUGACUCUUAACCACAUAAAAAAUAAAGAGAUAAAAAUGAUCGUAGGCAUGACAAAACUCUCCGAACCUGGUAUUUCACACCAAAUCAAAAAUGUUACAAUACACAAUAAUUACCAAGUAAUUAAGAACCCAGGUCCGAUCAAAAGCAAAUAUACAAUUAAUGAUAUUGCAUUGAUUGAACUAACAUCACCGAUUGAAUAUACUGAUCGUGCUCAACCUAUUCACUUGCCAAGUGAUAAUGAUCUUCCAAGACUUGGAACCCAAUGUCAGGUUCAAGGUUGGGGACUGAUAAAUAUUGACACAAAGCCUGACCACCUACAAUCUACUACUGUAAAAAUAUUAGACUCCGAUAGUUGCACUUUUGAGUGGAUGAAAAUGAUAAAUUUGCAAAAAUCUGGUGCUCCGUAUAUUUGUGCUAUGGGAGACAAGAACAAUCGUUCUUGUCGUGGUGAUUCUGGAGGUGCUUUGGUUUGCAACGGAGUGCAGAAUGGGAUUGUUGCUUAUGGAUCUGCAACCUGUACGCAUACUCCAGUUGCCCCAUCAGCAUUUACAGAUGUACUUUUAAUGCGUGACUUUAUUUCUGGUGCAACUAACAAUGAGGUUAAAUUUUAGCAUUUUUACAAUAAUGUCAAAAUUUAACAAAUAAAUAUUAAUAGUUUCAAGGACUAUUGAGCAUUACCAGAGCAUUAAAAUAAUUAAACGUUAUUUUAUUCUUAUAAUUUUCAAUCCGUUCCUUUCUAUCGCUUUUAGUUUCCGUGAUAAUCACAAUCAAAAUAUUGCAAAAUAUUUAAGACAAUUUUUGCAUUUUUUGUUACAAUCCUUUUUUGACCCCCAUAUUAUUUUACCAUACAAUAUUCUAAUACAUUUUCUUAUAGUAAAUUUCACAA